AUUUAAACAAAGUGUUCGUGUUUGUUUUUAAUAAUAUUAUUAACAUCCGAUAUCGACGCCUGGUUGCACGAUAUCAGAUAUAUCUUCCAAGUCUAAUGCUUUUUAUUUGCAGUUUUCAGUGGAAAAAAUCUCAACUGCACCAGUGAGUCAUGCCUCACUUGAAGAUGCCCAGGAAGCCCCAGCCUCUUUGGAAAGAAUGGGACAGAAAGGCACAGAAAUGUGGUGUGAGACAUACCGUCUAUUCAGUCAAUGGGGAUGAAUACACAGGCGAAUGGCUGGACAACAAGAAGCAUGGAAAGGGUACACAGGUCUGGAAAAAAAAUGGAGCCAUUUAUGAUGGGGACUGGAAAUGUGGAAAUCGAAGUGGUUUUGGGACCUUCAGCUUACCUGACCCUGUAACUGGGGAGUAUGUUAAAGCAUAUUCAGGAGGAUGGAAAGAUGACAUGAAAGAUGGGUUUGGAACUUACUUUUACUCUGAGACGGAGUAUUAUGAAGGAGAGUGGAGCAAAGAUAAGAGAAGCGGCUGGGGCAGAAUGUAUUAUGAAGACGGUGGCAUAUCUGAAGGAGAAUGGCUUCAUGACAAACUAGAUGGUCAGGGAAUGUUUAGACUGGCCAAUGAGAACAGGUAUGAAGGCUCUUGGAAGAAUGGGAUGAAACAUGGCCCUGGGAAGUUUGUCUACCUGGACAAGGGUCAGCUGUAUGAAGCAGUGUGGGUAGAGAACAUCACAAAGUGUGGAAAAAUGAGCGACUUUGGAAGAGAAGGGGCUCCAGCAGCUCCAGUUUAUCCAAUCCCAAAGAUACACCUGUUAGACCCUGAAGCUGUUUUAAAGGACGCUCGAGCGACGCUUCCCAUUGAGGAGGACUGAUUCUUUAUUUUUUUUUAACCAACUCAGCAGACCUACCUUUGCUAGAGAAGGCAACUUAAAAAUGCACACCUGCAGCCUGUUCAUAUUGCAUCUUGCUUCCCUUCCAGUAAACAUGGUAACAAAAAGUAGGGUCAUGCAUUACACAGUGUACUGUUCCUUAUUCUUAACUAUGUUGUAGUGUCAGCAGGACUAUUGUGGUAUGAUGUAAAUACAUACUCUGGAAAAUAUUCUUCGUGCAGCUUUAACCACAUGUUCAACCCUUGCAGUAAUUAGCACAUUUCCCUCCCUCAAGACAAACUUUUUCAAACCUUGUUCAGCCACAUUUUCUACUGGGAUUUAUAUCAUAGGGUGUGGUUUGUGUUAUAAUGUAUUUGCUCAACAUUUACAAAACUGUCUGGAUUAAAUGAGCCUUUAAAGAUGUGCAACCUAUUGAACCACAGAACUGGUUAUAAGAGUUAUGGCUGUGCCUCCUAUUUUUCCUAACGUCAUUCUCAGAAGGAUGGCUCCACCUAAACAAAACUAACACAGCAACAAAAAAAGAUAUGUAUGUACAAUACCAGACCUAAAAGCAUCUUCAAAACCAUGCUGUGUGGUCCAGUGGUUAAAGAAAAGGGCUUGUAACCAGGAGGUCCCCAGUUCAAAUCCCACCUCAGCCACUGACUCAUUGUGUGACCCUGAGCAAGUCACUUAACCUCCUUGUGCUCCGUCUUUCUGGUGAGAUGUAGUUGUAAGUGACUCUGCAGCUGAUGCACAGUUAACACACCCUAGCCUCUGUAAGUCGCCUUGGAUAAAGGUGUCUGCUAAAUAAACAAAUAAUAACCCCAGCGAGGAAUAAUUGUUAAAAUGCAUGUACUAGAAUAGUGAGGGUUUAUCUGCGACAGUAGCAGAAACUUGAAUAAAAACAGACUUGCAAGUCAUACAUUUAAAUAUCAGCCUUCUUAUGCUGGUUUCCUUUUGGCAAGUUAUCAAUAAUUUAAUGAUGCAGUUGCAAGUUACAUCACACUCAUACUUUACACUUUUUUUUUGGUUAGAAAACAUUUAAGACUACCCAAAAUGUAUUACAAUUGUCAACAUUUCUGUUUUGUAAGAAAAGUGAGAUUAAAACCUGGACAGCCACCCAGUCUACUUUCACAGGCACAUGUUUAAAUGAACAUCAUGUUUUAAACAUCAAAUAAACCUCAGCCGAAUGCUCAACAUAACAUAUUCCAUACUGGAGUAAAAAGCUCUGAAAACAAUAUUGUACAGAUUCAAACAAUCCAAACGUUAUGAAAAUGCAUGCAGUAAUCACAAUUGUUUUUGUUCUUGCUGA